AUGAAAGAUCUGAUUGAGUUUAUCGCCCAGUCGCUGACCUCAAACCCGGAAGCAGUUCGGGUCACUGAGUCCGACGAAGGCGACCAAAUCGUUAUACGCUUGGAAGUCGCGCCAGAGGACAAGGGUGGUGGUGGUCGCGUGAUCAGAAAUCACGGACUCGACGGCGCACUGCGUAUCAAAUGCCAUUCCGAUAAUCCCCAGCGAUUCCAGGCCGGCAAUUCAGUGACCGUCGGUGACGCCGAGCGCGCCAUCGUCUCCUGCCAAUCCCUUCCGGGCGAGUACGCCAUCCUGCGUCUGGAUGGCAUCGUCGACGUCCAAACCGCCGAACUCCUUGCCGGGCAGUGGUUAUACGCCGCCACCGAUUCCGGCCCGGAACUACCCCCCGGCGAGUACUACCAUUACCAGCUGGUCGGCCUGCAGGUAACCACCGACGAAGGCGAAAACCUCGGCCAGAUCCGCGAAGUCCUGAUCACCGGCAGCAACGACGUCUACGUCGUCGAAUCCAGCGAAGGCGCCGAGAUAUUACUGCCCGCGGUACACCACGUCGUGAAGCAAAUCGACAUCGUCGCCGGACAAGUGCUGGUCCACCUCAUCAACGGCCUGCGCUAA